UCUGUUGAAACAACAGUUAAUCUUUGUCCCAGUCACUGCCACCAUCUUCUGUGAAGUCAGACUAACAGUAUGUAUGUAGCUGUCUAAAAAAUGACAUUGUUCAUCCCUGAUAUGGCUGGUCGUCUGUUUUUGCUCAUCCUCCUUUUCGAUACCUUCCAGUACCUCAAAGCCAAAGAUCUUCCUCAGCCCAGUCUAACAGUGAUUCCUGCAGUCAUCAAAGAGAGAGACACAGUUCAGCUGAACUGUCAGACUCCUCCAUCUGUCUCUGAGUGUUACUUCAAAAUAGAGGGGAAAGUAGAAUUCACCCUUCCAUCACCCUGUCAACAGACACUCACAGGAACACUACUGGUGAGGUGGACAGGUCAGAGUUCACCAGCUGAGGUCAAAAUACAAUGUCAGUACAGUGCUACAGGUUCACAGUUUAGAUCCAUAUACAGUGAGCCUUCAACAGUCACAAUUACGGACCUUCCUCAGCUGACAGUGAAUUCUACAGUCAUCAGAGAGACAGAAUCAGUUCAGCUGAGUUGUGAGACUCCUCCAUCUCUCCCUGUGUCUCACUGUUACUUCAACAUAGAGGGGGGGAAGAAUCUUCCAGACUCAUUGUGUACUCAGACAAUAACAGGAACUGAGCUGCACAAGAGGUCUGGUCCAACAUUUCCAGCUGUGGUCAAAGUGACGUGUUACUACACUGUAUGGAAGUCUCACACAUCUCCUUUUAGUGACCCUGUCUCAGUCACUGUUCUGGAUCCAAAACCAGACAUUACAAUCAAAUUUGAUGAGGACUUCAACAUCAUCUGUUUGAUUCCUGGAUCCGUCAGUCCUGACACCACCUGUAACCUGUAUGUUGGAGAGGAGAGUCAGCCAUCCUUCACAGCACCGAUCAAGUCAUCUCAGCAUCCGGAAAGCCGGAAAGCCAUCUCAGCAUCCGGACAGCAGUUCUGUCAAUUCAUCCCAAAACAUAGUGAUCUGAUCAGUUGUCUACAGUCAGUGAGGCGUAAGGAGGUGAGCUGUGACUACAGAUUGAGCUCAGGACCAAACUCUCUCUCUCCACGCAGUGAUGGGUACAGCUUUACACAUCUGGUGGGAGUUCACAUCAGCGAUCCAACAACUAUACAGACACCUUCUAUAGCAGACACCACACUGACACCAACUACCAGAGGUCAAAGCUCCACAGAAAGUGAAGUGGAAUCAAACAGUCAAGAAAGCAUUCUGGUGGGGCAAUUAUGGCAGGCAGCAUUGGGUGUGGCUUCUGGAGUGGGCGUGUUCCUGGUAGGAUUGACAGCUGUCUGUUUCUGCAGGAGGACCAAGAAAACCAAUUCUCUGAGACCUACAGCCAGACAGGAUGAUCACAGACAAUAUGAUUUGGUGUCUGUGGGAGCGGUGAGCAGCGGAGUCAUGGUUGAUUCAGGAGAUGCUGGAAUCGAUUCUCAGAUGACUUAUGUACUGUACGCAUUCAUGCCCUCAGGUCCCGUUGAUGUGGAUUCACAGGCAUUUGCAAAUAAACAUUGGCUCCCGAGUGGCACUGCAUCUCAGUGCUAGAGGCGUCACAACAGACACCCUGGUUCAAAUCCAGGCUGUUUCACAGCAGGCCGUGAUUGGGAGUCCCAUAGGGCGGCAUACAAUUGUCCGGGUUUGGCCGGUGUAGGCAGUAAAUAAGAAUUUGUUCUUAACUGACUUGCCUAG